GCCUGCACUUGUGUCAAAAAGUCGACGAGGAGCUUGUUCUCCUCCUCCUCCUCGUCCUUCUUGCUCAGGUCGGGAGAGAAAACAGACGCCGUUGCCUCGCACAAGCCGGCCGAUUCACUCCAAAAAGCCACGAUGCAGACGGCGGAGGCCCUGUCGGCCACCCUCACCACCAACAGGAACUGCGCCUUCGAAAUCACCAACGUGAGCUCCGUCUACUGCCUCAUUAACCCCAAGGUGUACAUGUCGAGCGGCUUCUGCCACCACCCGCCGCAGCCCACCAUCCGCACCAUGCAAACCGAGCUAUGCUCCUUCAUCAAGGACGACCACACGGCCACCGGCGCCGUGGGCCUGCUGACCUACGACCUCUUCAACAUGCAGACCCGCGUGUGCUCGCAGCGCAUGGCCGUCAUGUUUUCGGUGCCCUACGACCACAACCUGUACAAGAACCGGCUGGCGGUGGGCGUGAUCGAGGCGUCGCGCGCCUGCGACAAGAAGCUCUACGAGCAAAUGUACGAUGGCAAGGAUACGAGCAACUUCAGCCGGGCGGACGCCAACGGCUCCGGGCUGGUGUACGGCACCAACGAGGUGGACGUCAGGGCCACCAUGUCCACAGUGGGCAAAGCCAUUGUUAAAUUGGAGUUUUAUGAUCAGUUGAGUCGCUAGUGGUCCACUCCGCUUUUCGCUUGGGCGCUCAUUGGCCCUCGGAAGUCAAAAUGCGUUUGGCCUUCAAUUUGUUGUGAUUUUAAAUUCAUUUUACAUAGAAUAAAUAAUAUCCACCAAUUCAUUUUCUAUAGCGCGUGUCCUCAUUAGCUGACUCUGGGCAGGAGGCCGGGGUACAAUCUUGUUUUCAUUACCAUUUUCUUUGUAACUUUUCUAUGGCUAUACAUGCGUUAAAAAGAAAAGGCCAGAGAAUAAGCAAAAUAACACUUCAAAAUAAAAACUGCCAUUUUAGAUCGAAUACUUGAGUUGCUCGGCCCCCAAAUCAUUCGACUUCCGAGGCUCUGAUGUACCCACAAAAAUGACAAAAUAAUAAUAAAAGAGUGCAUUUAAAGUGUGCCAUCUAAAAGCGCGUUUGUAUUGUGCCUUCAAUGUUUUUUGAUUGAUAUAAUAAAGCACUCACAUG